AUGCCUCCAAAAAGAAAGACGACUUCAACGCAGCCCAAGUCCAAGAAGGUAGCCAAAACAACAACAAUCACAGUGACAUCCAAGAGACAGACACGAAGCAAACCCAAUGAAGAGCCAGCCAUCUUGUUGGAGAAAACCGAGACUGUGGAGACCGAGGCAGUGGAUCAAGCGAUAGCAGAGACUGUAGAGUCGAAUGCAGCCCCAUUGAGUGCCAUUGCAGCUAGAAGAGCAGCCAUCAAUGCUGGACUGUACAACCCUGAGCCUGUGGAUCACUCUGAAGAGGAAUUGGACGACGACGACGAUGAGCAUUUGCAGCAUGCUGCUGAGGGCGCUGAUAUACAAAGCGUGACAGACGAGGAAGACGAAGCAUUGGGAGACGAGCUGGGAGAAGAUCGUGUCAUGUCACCCAUCAGUGGAGCUGCCACACCUAACGAAACAUCCACACCACCUCGCCCUUUGACAGCCACGGCGAUGGAACCUAGCAAGCCGAAAAACAAAAUACCUGCAUUGAUGGAUUACAAUUCAGUGAGUCGUUUUACACCGACCCAACACAACAGCUGCAUCAUCAACCAGGAAGAGGACACGUAUCUGUUUCUAGGACUGAAGCAAGGGGAACAUGUUGUGUUUAUGGGCCAAGUGCUGGCAGCACCUUUAUACGGAUCCAUGUCCAUUGCAGGAGCAGUGAUAUCAUCUGGAAGGCCCGUGCCGAGAGCAGCAGUAAAAGAGGACUUGCUCGUAUCAUUCUAUCCUGCAUUUUCACCACGCACACAUUCACUCUUAAGCGUCAGUUCCGAAUCCCUGGAUACAGCAUCUAUUCAAUCGCACCACAGCCCCGUUGAAAUCGACGAAUACCUACUAGAAGCAGUAUUUGACGAACUCAAGUGCGCUGAUUUCGAGAGUAUCAUUGUGAUUAAGGAUUUGGAGGGCUCUGGGUUAGAAGAUAUGUGUGAUGCUAUCCCAUCCUUCAACAAAAACCUGGUCAGACUGACGAAAAAGGAAUCCAGUCGUGACACCAGCCUCAGCAUCCACCUUUUACCUGGAUUUCAUCCUAUUCUCACACCCACACCAGGCGCCAAGUCGCUUCGCAUUGAAUCAUCCUGGCACACGCGCACCACAAUGGCCAUCGACAAAGCAACACAGCAAGCAACCAGUCCCUUGGUCAGCGUCGUUUGUGGAGCCAAGGAUAUGGGUAAAUCGUCAUAUAGCAGGUAUUUGAUUAACCGUCUUUUGGCCAAAUACAACCGCGUGGCCUAUCUCGAAACUGACGUCGGACAGAGCGAAUUUACACCAUCUGGUUUGCUCUCCCUUCAUUACAUCAGUAACCCUAUUCUCGGCCCUCCUUACACCCAUCAGCAGCUGGAACCAGAGAGAAGCUUCUAUUUUGGGUCCACAUCGCCUCGAAGCAACCCUGAUUACUACUUGGCAUGCAUCCAUGAGCUAGUAGACCACUGGAGACACGAUCAAAAGCAAGUCAGAGAUGAGGAUCAAAGAGAAUGGAUUCCUCUGGUAGUGAAUACGCAGGGCUGGGUCUCUGGUGUAGGCUAUGAUUUGCUCAUCAGUCAAAUACAAAAGAUUGAGCCAACAGAUGUCUUUGCCAUGCGACACCAUAUGCUCGAGUAUAAGAACUUGCAUCCUUCAUUCAAUGUGGACAUUCUGCCUUUGCCCAGCACUGAGGCUUUUGUAAUAGCCAAAGAGGCACCCACAUUGCAUUAUUUGGACUGUGUGCUACAGGAUCCAAACGUGGUUACUUUGGCAGACAGUUUCACCUCCAUCCAACAGCGAGACAUUACACUGGGCUCUUAUUUUCAUCAGUCUGGUAUGGGCGUGAACCAUUGUUUAUUGCCUCGUUGGGAUUACAAAAAGCACAUGAUUCAUCGCGUUCCUUGGAUGGUGGACUGGCGACAGGGCUUAAGUGCCAUUUGGGUGAUCUACGAGGAAGUCAAGCAGAACGAACUAUUGUAUGCUUUGAAUGGAAGCCUUGUUGGCUUGAUUGGCGAUGUUGAAGACUACAGACACCAGCCUGGACCUAAUAAGAAGUCAGCAGCAUUCGAGGACGAUACCUUUACCCCUCCGACAUAUUUCAAUACACAGGACAAGCCAGCACCUAAUCCUCAGCUGAUGACUUGCCAUGGCCUGGCCAUUGUUCGAUCGAUCGAUCCCUCUCGCCAUGCAUUAUUACUGCUGACACCACUUCCAUCCAGUACAUUGGAGAAAGUAUCAGGCCUAGUCAAGGGCGAGAUUCAGUUGCCGUUGUGGAGCAUGCUGGAUCAAAAAUUAGAAAAGGGACCUGGUGUGGCCAAUAUACCUUGGAAGAAGGUGCCAUACGUUACUCAACAGAGCACAGAAGGCGCUGGUGCCAAUGCUCUUCGAGUGAGACGCAAUUUGUUGCGUAGAUCCCAAGCUUAA